AUGGCUGCGUUCAGAAUAUCAGUAGAAAGAAAUGUGAUAAAAAUGAAGAGAGGUGGUUACAGCUGUAGUAUGAAAGGUUGUCCAAAUAUUUCUGGACGUGAAUCUAGUUCCAGUUUUUUUCGUUUCUCAAGGGAUCCAGAAAGAGCAAAAUUGUGGUUGGAAAAAUGUAAUCGCGAAAUUAACACAUCAGUAGAAAAUUUAUAUAAAAAUUACAAAGUUUGUGAUGAUCAUUUUAAAUCGUUGAUGUUUUUAAACAAUUUAAAAAACCGACUUCAACCACAAGCAAUCCCCGAACAUAUGAAACAUGAUAAUGAAUCUUUAGAAUUAUCAAGUAGAUACAACGCAUUCNAUUUGAAUGAUAAGUCUGAAGAAAAUAUAUCAGCUGAGUGUGACAACAUCAAAUUUACUUAUGAACAAUCAUCAUUACAAACUAGAUUUUCGAACGAAGUUGAACAUCAAUCAGGUAAUAAUUGUAAUUCAAUUAGUGAACUAUGUACUAUAUAUAAUUCUUUUGUUUCAUAUUUGAUUUACAAUUAG